AAUAUAAUUAACGAUGUAAUAACCGUUGUACUGUAUAUGGAACUUUGUAUUUCUAUACAGUUUCUGCAAUGAUUAAAUAUGCUUCAGUGCCACCUGCAAAAACAAAAGAAAACAAAGACGCAGUUCUUGCAAUGCCCAGCAGCUGUCACUCGGAACGAGGUCGCGCCGCUGCCCUUUGUCCCCGGUGGAAGUGAUGUUGGCGGCGCGGCCCGACCUCUGGAUCUACCCCGCAUAAGUCUUCGGAGAUCCGCUCGGUGCGGAGUGACAGUCGGUAGAGGGUACAGGCUGCGGAGAGCAUGGCACGGGCUGCGAGCGGCGAAUACUUUAGGAGAUCCAGUCUGUUCUGGAUGGCAGCGAUCUCCGUUUCCUUUGGGUACUUUACACUGGUGGUUUGCCUGGUCUGUCCACUUGGCUGAAGCCGUCUACAGCCUCAAACUCUGCAGUGACAAGGGGAUCGACAGCCUGUUCUCACGCUUCCUGUGGUGUUUGCAGACCUUCCUGUUUGGGAUCGCAUCUCUGUCACUGCUGCUGAAGUACCGACCUGACCCGCGACCCAAACGCCACUGAGACCCAGACACUACACCCUCUCCCCACCAACCCUAACCCCUACACUCCCUUCCCACCACCACACACCCCUACACCCCUCCCACCUCCACCUCCCACCCACCACCACACACCCCUACACCCCCCUCACAUCCACCAGUACACACCUCUACCUUGAUAAAGCAACUGAUUUCACACAGUGUACGUGACUGCUUAGCUGGGGUGUUGU